AUGUCGUUCGCGGCCCGCAGCGCUGUCGCGCCCCAGGUCGCCUCCGUGGCCCCCGCCCGGCGCGCCGCCGGCGCCGUGUGCCGCGCGGCCCCCAGCGACUCCGCCGUGCCGCAGGGCUCGCGCCGCGAGGUCCUCCAGGGCGCGGCGCUCCUCGCUGCGUCGCUCGCGGCCGGUCCGGCCUCCGCCGCUGCCAAGAAGCCCAAGGGAUACAACAUCUGCCGUGACGACAACGACAACUACACGUUCCUGUACCCCUUCGGCUGGCAGGAGGUCUCCGUCGACGGGCUGGACGUGUGCUACAAGGACGUGAUCGAGCCGCUGGAGUCGGUGUCGGUGUCGCUGGUGCUCACGGACAAGGAGAGCGUCGAUGAGUUCGGCACGCCGCUGGAGAUUGCCGACACCCUCGUGGCCACCGCGCUCUCGAACAAGCGCCAGAAGACCAAGGUGCUCGACGCCAAGCGCGUCGAGCGCCAAGGCCGUCCGUACGUCGAGUUCGAGUUCCUCGCGGAGGCGCCCAACUACACCCGCCACGCGCUGGGCGUGGUGACGGUGUCCAACGGGAAGUUCUACAUCGUGUCGACGGGCGCGAACGAGCGGCGGUGGGGGAAGAUGCAGAAGAAGGUCAAGACGGUCGUCGACUCGUUCGAGAUCCUGUACGGCAACCCCGCCGCCUAA